CCAUCCUUCUCAGUGAGUCUCUGUCUGUGAUGAAUGCUGAUAUAGCCCCGUAGUUGAUGCUCAUCCUUCCUCCUAACCCACCCUCCUUUGAGCUUCACCCAUUCACAAAACUAACUCCCUGCGACACAAUAACCACGCACAAACAUUCUUUCCCCACAAGUGGAUAAGACCCUUCUCAUUCCUUAAUCCCCUCCAAAAUCCAAGGAUCAUCCCCCCUUCACUUCACAAUCAAUCACACAAAAGCCUUUCUUCGACAUGUUUUCUUCUCAGCCCUUGAUCCUCGUCUUUAACCACCACUUUUGAUACGCAUAAAGCCACGGAGAUUAAUUGGUGUCCCCAUUUUUCACUAUCUCCCCUACACUGCAUUUACUUGAUGGACUACUACUGCGUCAGAGAGAUAGAAGGAAAGCAAGCUCAUGACCCUUUAUUCACUCACAAAAUGAGCAAUAAAUCGUCGUCUUCCCAGCGACGUUGCGUUUGGGUUCCUGGCCCUGUAAUUGUAGGAGCAGGGCCUUCUGGGCUCGCAGUUGCAGCUUGUCUCAAAGAGAAAGGCGUCCCCAGCGUGCUUCUAGAAAGAUCUAAUUGCAUAGCUUCUCUGUGGCAGCUCAAGACCUAUGAUCGUCUCCGCCUUCAUUUACCCAAGCAGUUCUGCGAGCUCCCUCUCAUGGGCUUCCCCAGCAAUUUUCCGACGUACCCGACGAAGCAACAGUUCAUAGACUACUUAGUGAGCUAUGCAGAGAGGUUCGAUAUUAGGCCGAGGUUCAAUGAGACGGUGAAGGAAGCGAAAUUCGAUUCGACGCUCGGGUUCUGGCGCUUGACGAGUGAGGGGAAGGCCGAGACGACGACGUCAACGGAAUAUCUCUGCCGCUGGCUGAUCGUGGCGACUGGAGAGAAUGCGGAGGCGCUGGUGCCGAAGUUAGAAGGAGCGGAGGAGUUCGGAGGGCCGAUAAAGCACACGAGCUUGUACAAGAGCGGCGAGGAGUUGAGAGGGAAGAAGGUUUUGGUGGUUGGGUGUGGGAACUCGGGCAUGGAAGUGUGCUUAGAUCUUUGCAACCAUAAUGCUAGCCCUUCUCUUGUUGUCAGAGACACAGUGCACGUCCUACCACGAGAGAUGCUGGGAAAAUCAACUUUCGGGCUGUCCAUGUGGUUGCUCAAGUGGCUUCCCAUACGACUCGUGGAUCGCUUCCUGCUCAUCGUGUCGUGGCUAUUGCUCGGCGACACUUCUCGCUUCGGAUUGGUUCGUCCUCGCUUGGGUCCCCUUCAGCUCAAGAACCUUUCCGGCAAGACCCCAGUCCUGGAUGUGGGUACCCUCUCCAAGAUCAAAAGCGGACACGUUCAGGUUUGUCCGGGCGUUAAGCGGCUAAAACGUCAUACUGUGGAAUUUGUUGAUGGAGCGACACAAAAUUUCGAUGCCAUCAUAUUCGCAACAGGCUACAAAAGCAAUGUACCCUCUUGGCUAAAGGAAGGAGAUAUGUUCUCUGAGGAAGAUGGGUUCCCAAGAAGGCCAUUCCCUAGCGGGUGGAAGGGAGACAAUGGGCUGUACGCUGUGGGUUUUACCAAACGAGGGCUUCUUGGUGCUUCCAUGGAUGCAAAGAGAAUAGCUCAAGAUAUUGAACAGUGUUGGAAAGCGGAGGCAAAGCACAGUACUGCUUUUACUCGCUCACUUUUGCAGCAAUCUAAUUCAUGAUUGGUCGGGUUUCCCUUUUGGGUUUAUCUGGUCAAGCUUUGUUAGAGCCAAUGGUUCUUAUUGGGUCUCAGAACCUCAAGUCAUUAUUACCAUUGGAGAUUGAUCAUGGAGGUGCCUUUAGACACGGAUAGGCUCAACACAAAUAUUGCUUCUACAGUCCACACUUUUUGUAUCUCAUCCAGAGUAAGGAGGCGGCCGUGAAAUUCAUUAAAAUAAGUGUUUAAAUUUUAGUGAGUUUUAAUUGACUCCCGGGAUGAUCCCACCAGUGAAGAUUCUGUGCAAAGAGGGGUUAGAAAAGUGAGUUAACAGGGGGAGAUUUUUACCAGCUGACCUUCACCUUCACACGGAUAUUUACCAGUCAGAGCCAACCACCAGGCAUGGAGGGAGAAGAAGAUUUUGAAUUGAAGUUGCAAGAGAAGGAUGCUGAUUUAUUUUUCUGUGUUGGGGGGGCCUCAUAUCUUUCUGUACAUCUUGUACAUUACAAUUUUUCCCUAAAUUAGGUUUGACUUAUUUAGAGAGGAAAGGGAAGCAGGGUGACAGAGAAAGAGUGUUUGGUAUGUGAUUGUUGUUUAACCUAGAUUUCCACGAGUUCUUUUUUGAAAAGAAGGCAUAACAUCCCAAUGUUUUUUCUCCCUUUCUUUUUGUUGCCUCGGAUAUUCUGCUGAAGCUUCAUUCCUUCAGUUCAGAUUUCCUUUUCUUUUCAGCUGGCCUGGAUGGCAAGUCUGAAAGAAAGGAAGAAAGAAAUGAUGUUUCUUAUGUUUAUUAA